AUGCGCCAACGCAAUGCCAUUAGAUUGUUGACAGGACUCAAAGAUGCAGAUAAGGAGGCUCUUGUUUAUAUUUUACCUCAGGAUGUAAAGGGCCCUCAAACUGUUGCUUUCAAUCUACCAAAUGAUGAGCGCAUUGUAAAAGAUCGAGGAACAUCUAUGGUCAUGCUUAAGAAUAUCUCAGUGACCAAGUUCAAACAUAUUCUUCCGCCUAUAGCUGAUGUUUGUAUUACAAAGGAACAACAAGAACUUGUAGAUUUUGAAUCCUUCUUCACUCACACAAUUUUCCAUGAAUGCUGUCAUGGGAUUGGACCUCAUACCAUAACACUUCCAAAUGGUAGAAAGUCUACAGUGAGAUUGGAACUGCAAGAACUCCACUCAGCUUUGGAAGAAGCAAAAGCUGAUAUAGUUGGCCUUUGGGCACUGAAAUUCCUAAUCCACAAGGAACUGCUCCCGAAGAGCUUAUAG